AUGACUCUCCUCCUCUCCGCACCGCUGAUCCUCCUCCUGCUCGGUUCCGGGUCCCUGCUCGGACCCGCGGCCGGGGCCGCGGGCUGCCGGUCCCGGAUCCCGCCCCACGACCAGGUGGCCCGGGUAGCGCGCUUCGUCGCGCACCAGUGCGACUGGGCGUCCAUGGCCACCAUCUCCACGCAUGCGCCGUUGGUCGGCCGGCCCUUCUCCAACCUGUUCUCCGUGAGCGACGGGCCCCGCGGGGCCAGCUCCGGGGUCCCCUACCUGUACCUCACCCGCAUGGAGAUCUCGGUCCAGGACCUGAAGGUGGACCCCCGGGCGUCCCUCUCCAUGUCUCUGGCCCAGACGGACUACUGCCGCCAGCAGGGGUACGACCCCCAGAGUCCCCUCUGCGCCCACAUCAUCCUGUCUGGAUCCGUCCUGGAGGUCAACGGGACGGAGGCCGACUUCGCUAAGAAGUCUCUGUUCAGUCGCCACCCGGAGAUGAUCGACUGGCCGGUCGACCACGGCUGGUUCUUCGCCAAGUUCAACAUCACGCAGGUCUUGGUCCUGGACUACUUUGGUGGGGUGAAGACUGUCACCCCGGAGGAAUACUUCCAGGCGGCGCCGCACCGGCAUCUCUGAAGCUGCCUGGGAACCAGCUGGAACCUGCAGCAGGCCGGGGUUCGGAUCAGCGCCGGCGUCCUAGCUGCGCCGCAGCGUCGCCAGGAGCUGCAGGGGCCACCAGUCGCCUGAUUCC